AUGGCGCUGAAGCCAAGGUCGCACCUGACUAAUGGAGUUAUGGAGAAGCUGGGCAUGGGUCCAGAGGAGUUACUGAAGGAGAACCCUCGUCUGAUCUACUCAUGCCUCACUGGCUACGGCUUGAGUGGAGCCAAGGCUGCUGGCCAUGACAUCAACUACCUCGUCAUGUCAGUCUUGUUGUCCAUGCUGGGCCGGAGCCAUGAGAAGCCCUACCCUCCUCUGAACCUGGUGGCAGACUUUGCGGGCGAGGGUCUGACGUGUGCCUUCGGGGUGGUCCUGGUCCUGCUGGAGAGGACCAGGUUGGGCAGAGGGCAUGUCAUUGAUGCCAGCAUGGAGAGGGCCUCCUUCCACAGGGACGCCCAGCGAGAGGUGACCCCGAGCCACGCACCUGUCCUGUCCCGCACCCCUGCUGAUCCCUGCCUGGCCCGGGACCCCUUCAUAGGGAAACACACACCGUUAGUACAGGAUAGGUCACUGAAGAAGAUAUGGGCCAUCAUCAUAGUCAUGUUUGGAGUGGUGCUAUUUGACUUUGCAGCAAACUUCAUCGAUGGGCCAGUCAAGGCCUAUGUCUUUGAUGUCUGCUCGUACAUAGACAAAGAAAGAGGACUGCACUACCACACCCUUCUCACUGGGCUAGGGGGUGCCUUUGGGUACCUCGUGGGAGCCAUGGACUGGGGUCAUUCGUCCCUGGGCCGACUGCUGGGGUCAGAGUACCAGGUCAUCUACUUCUUCUCUGCUCUGACCUGGACGAGUUAG